UAGAAGAGGGCGGUGGUGUAUAGAUAGGAACUUAUCAAGUUCACAGAUUUCUGCUCAUUGCUCGUCCACCGUUCAACUUGCUAUUUACGACGCUUCACUUCCGCACGAUAUUAUUUCCUCUUGAAACGAUAAACGACAUAGUGAUUACGAAUAGUAACCGGCUUGAUCGAUUCAAUGGCGAGACAGACGGAUACUAACGGCGACGUGCGGAAACGUACCGAGCAAUCGAAAUCUCAAGUACAAUCGAUCGAGGAUAAUAAGAAUAGCAAUGAGUUUCUAAUUAAAUACCAAAAUCAAUUGUACAACAUACACGACUUUCUUUCGUACCAUCCCGGUGGAAAGAAAGUAUUAAAUUACUUUAAAAAUCGAAGCUUGGAUAAAGUAUUCGAAGAGAAUCCUCACUCGAAAGCGGCGUUUCACCUGUUGGAAGAGUUCACGGUAAAGAAUCAGGAAACGUACCAGAAGUAUGAAAACCUGAUCGAUUGGAACGCCGCUAUACUUCCACAAGUAGGUUCGUUAGGUCAUCAGUAUUGGGAGUGGGUCAAUUUACCAGUGAAUCGGAAUAUUAGACUUUUCGACUCAAAGAUCUUAGAAAAUAUAACGAUUACUCCUUGGUAUCUAAUUCCAAUAAUAUGGAUCCCGAUUGUUAUCUACUUCGUCUAUACGGGAUGGAUGAACAAUAUCGCCAAUAAUACCGGAACCACCUUGUUCGAAUCUAUAAUCUCGUACGUACUAGGUAUAUUUAUGUGGAGUCUUGUAGAAUAUGUACUUCACCGUGAACUUUUUCACUUUAAACCACCUACUAACUCUAAACUACUUAUAUCCUUUCAUUUUCUGCUUCAUGGCGUCCAUCACAAGGCACCGUUUGAUGGUAGAAGAUUGGUAUUUCCUCCUAUUCCAGCUUUAAUAAUUACAAGAUUAUUAGUAUAUAUUUAUGAAGCACUGUUUCCACAAACGGCGGUAUCGUUUAUAAUGGCUGGUACAGUGACAGGCUAUAUUUGUUACGAUUUAAUACAUUAUUAUUUACAUCAUGGAGCGCCAAAAGACGGAACGUAUAUGUAUUUAUUGAAAAGAAGUCAUAACUAUCAUCAUUUCUUACAUCAUGACUUAGGUUAUGGUAUUAGCAGUAAACUGUGGGAUUAUGUGUUCGGAACGAAUAUUUGUUUACGGCAAUUGACAAAGCCGAUUGAAUGGUAAAUCGCUUCACUUCAAUUAU